AUGAAGUCCAACGCAACGAUGCAAAAUAAAUUUACUAAGCAAAAUGAGAUUAACCGUCAAAGGCUGGCGCAAGAACUUGUGAAACUCGAGAAGGUGGAGAAGUCAGACUUGAGGAUGAUAGAGACUGCGAGGCACCGAUUUCGAUUGCGUCACAAGAAUCUGGAAGCAUGGCAGCCAUCCUUUGGAUCAAGCGCUAUUAAUGUGCGCAUGUACGAAACUCACAAUCCUGGCUUUUGCUACCAUUGCACGGGCAUCAUAAAAAAAAGCGGCCAGACAAUCGAGCAGGAACAAGCGCCGAAAGAUUCCUACGAGUUCGUGCGCUCAAUAGUAUUCACUAAGGGAGAGGUAGAUCCUGAUAAAGUUCUUUGUCUCCAUCUGCUGACUGCUCACAGUACGAAAUGGAAAGACGAUGACGGCUCCACUAUCAAACCUAUUUCGUCCUUAUUGGAAAAAGCUAAGAACAAACAUUUUUCUGGCAUGUGGAACAACGUCAUACCUUGUUACGUGGUGGAUACUCAAGUAAUCUCAUCAAACACAAAACUCCACGAAGAUCCACGGAAGAAGAUUUUAGAUGAUCAGGUGAUGUAUGAAUUCGAGGAAAAGUAUAAACAAUAUAUGAAAAAGGACGCUGAUUUUGAAAAGGCUUUAUCGUCUAAUGCUAAACACGCGCAGAGAAUAAUGUUGCAGGGCAUCGAUAAAAUGCCCGCAAUUUCUCCUCAUGUCUACUCCUUACUUGGAGCAUCUCAUGAACUGCGAAUUAAACAAGCCCUUGCCGAAGGUAUAGUGAGAAGAAGAUAUGCUACCUCUAAUAUGGAAUUGAACAAAUUUAAUGAGAACAGUUUGUCUUUUCGUCUCGACGACGAUGACGAUAUUUUAAGUAGAACAACUAUGAACGUAUCGACUAGAAACUGGAUUUCGAAAUCAUAUAGUCCUUCGAGAAGAUCCACAUUUGGAUCCUUGUUCAAACUUGACCAAGGAAUUACUAUGUUAAAGUCAAAACCAAGAAAAAAUCAAGAUACUAUGCCUAAAGAUCUUGUUACUAUAAAAUCCAGCGUUAAAGCGAUGAAAGAAAUACCUUCGAAGACUUCCAGCAUCAAAUCUCCUUUUUAUAGCAUGUUUAGCAGUCGACAAUCCAUUAAUUCUCUGCUUUCGGCUACAUUGUAUCCAGAGAUGAUGGCAAAAUGUAGGAAACGCAUUUAUUUAAACGCACCAAUUAAAUUGAUAGAGCUUAGAAACAAAGAAUAUCAAAUUGUACCAAUUCUUGUGAAUUAUCAGCUCCAAGCAUUGGUGCAAACUGUAUUCGAAGUUCUUGAACGCGUGAAUCCUGAAAAAUCCAAAAAAAUAAUCGAUACUGCAAGAGAUACAAAAGAGAUAAAUAAGAUGCUAUUGCGUCCGGAGAUACAAAAUUUUAUACAAUCACUGUUGGGUCAGUCGUUGGUCUCAUCCCCGGAAAGCUUCGUGGUUUCAUUGGCAAUGAUGACGGAUGAGAUAGAUCUUCGAUUCGAGGGAAUGCUAGAAAAGGAAAUAAUUGCGUUGACUCUAGAAAUGCCGUCACUUCCAUCUCUGGAUGCUCUGAUUGCCGAGAUACGAAAUAACAUUUUUCUCGAUAACAAGAAACCCGAACAAGAUACCAGUGCGACAUCUUCGAAUCCAAAUAGGGGAAAAGUUAAAAAGAAAAAAAGUGUAAAAAGAGCGAACUUGAAAAAUUAUUCUCGCUGGAGUAAGAGUAAAGGCUGUAGCAGCGGUAUGUCUCCACACAACAAGUCGAAAGAAGAUAAUGUUAUGCAACUCUCGGAGACGAAGUGUGGAAACAGCCUAAGGAAAACCUCGAAGAUAAAAGCAGCCGACCAACUGAGAAUUUCAGGAAAUGUUCUCGCCAAACGUACUUCGAAUUCCAAAUCCUGGAACAAUGCCCAGGAUCUCGGUCAUUUAAACGCAAAUCAUGUAAUAUUGCAAAGAAUGACGAACACUCAGAGAAUCUUAGUAGGACAAAUGUGUGCCUCUCUUAAGACCAAGAAAAUUAAUAAUCAAGGUUUAAUUGAUGAAAGCGUACCACUUGCUGCACUAAUUGCUCCAGCUCUUUCGCGUGAUAGUAUCAAAAUCUUGACCCGAGAUGCAAUAUUUUCAAAAACAAAUAUCACACAUGAAGAAGAAAUAGAGGAUAACAUUGUAGUAGAUAAAUUAACUGGUCCUUUGCUUGCAAAGGUUGUUGUUUAAAUAUUCCUCUUCUAACAGAAUCUCAUCUAUAAUAAAAAUUAAAUUCAUAAAUUAUCAUAUAUAUUUUUUAGAUACGACAAGAUAUAGCAGAAGAUGAAACAAACCGACGUUUGAAAAUUUUCUUAAAAAAUGAAAUCUUAUAA